AUGGAGGAUCAGCUUGGAAUGAAGUCGCCUCCAGCUUCCGGUCCAUUCGAUCCCUCUGACAUCCCCCAAAAGCCAGAAGUGACUGACGUUGAAAUGAAUUCCGUCUUUGAAACCACCCAUGGAGAGGAAAGAGAUUAUCACCGCAAACAGGUCUUCCAAGGAUGGAAGUUGGCAUGGCUCACAUACCAGUCCCUUGGAGUAAUCUACGGUGACAUCGGAACCAGUCCUCUCUACGUCUAUUCCUCAACCUUCAGCAGCGAACCAAGCUAUGAUGAUAUUCUCGGCGCCGUAUCCCUUGUCAUCUGGGCCCUCACGAUCAUGGUCACCAUCAAAUAUGUCUUCAUCGUCCUUUGUGCAGACGACGAGGGGGAGGGCGGUACCUUCGCUGUGUACUCUCUGCUAUCGCGAUAUGCAAACCUUGUACGAUACGACCCCAGACACCAGGGUACGGUUCGCAUGGAACGUUUCGACACAAAUGACUUGCGACGCCCCAAUUCGAAGUUUCGCAGUAUGUUGGAACGAAGCACUGUCGUGAAGUGGGUCCUCAAGGUGGUUGGAGCUUUUGGUGUAGCGCUGCUUUUAGCAGAUGGUGUGCUAACACCAGCCCAGUCAGUCUUGGGUGCCAUUCAAGGAGUGACUGUCGUUAACCCAAACGUCUCUACAUCAACGGUCGUGGGGACCUCAUGCGCAAUUCUGGUGUUGGUCUUUGCCAUCCAGCCCUUCGGAACGACCAGGAUUGCGAGCGCGUUUGCACCAAUAGUUAUCCUCUGGAUGCUCUUCAACUUGACCUUUGGAAUCUAUAACUUGGCGGUGUUCGAUGCCUCUGUAUUCAAGGCAUUCUCUCCAUACUUUGCAGGUGCAUACCUGGUGCGAAACAAGAAGGACGGAUGGCUAUCACUUGGAGGUAUUCUACUUGCCUUUACCGGCGUGGAAACUCUUUUCGCCGAUCUUGGAGCUUUUAGCCGGAGAUCAAUCCAAAUUUCAUGGCUCUUCUUUGUCUAUCCAUGUCUUUUGAUCUCGUACAUUGGUCAAGGAGCCCACAUCAGUGUUAACCCCAGUGCAUAUGCCAAUCCUUUCUUCUUGACUGUCCCGCCCGGCAUGAUAUGGCCCAGUCUUAUUCUGGCCAUCUUAGCUUGUAUUGUUGCAAGCCAGUCGGUAAUCACUGGAGCUUACCAGCUGUUGUCUCAGAUCAUGAAACUCUCUUAUUUCCCUCGCGUGAAGGUUUAUCAUACUUCAAACACUUUCCAUGGCCAAGUCUACAUCCCGAUCGCGAAUUGGCUGAUGAUGAUUGGGACCAUUGUUGUGACCGCAGUCUACAACAACACGACUCGACUCGGCGAGGCCUACGGCACAUGCGUUAUCCUGGUCUCUUUCCUCACCACAUGCAUGGUGACCGUUGUGGCACUUAUUGUUUGGAAAUUGCCAGUCUAUGUUGUGCUUCCCGUUUUCACCGUUUUCGCCCUCUGGGAUGGCAUGUUCCUCUCCGCGGCUCUGAGCAAAGUCCCCCAUGGUGCAUGGUUCACCCUGAUGCUAGCUCUCGUUUUGACCUGCAUAUUCAUUCUCUGGCGCUACGGCAAAGAAGAGCAAUGGAAUGCUGAAGAGUCCGACAACGUUCCCAUCUGGAACACAACCACAAUCCGUGACAACAAGCUUUAUCUCGCAGCAGAAGGACAAGAAAGUUCUUCCAUCAGACGGACCAGAGGACUGGGAAUCUUUUUCGAUAAACUUGGCUUCGCCGCGAACACCCCCACCGUAUUCCUCCAUUUCCUGACAAAGUUCGGCGCAAUGCCCGAGAUCACUGUAUUCCUUCAUCUCCGGCCUUUGUCGAGACCCACAGUGCCCAUCGACGAAAGAUACACCGUCACUCGCUGCUUUACAAAGUCCGGGGACGAUUCGUCCAAGCAGCCGGUUCCUAACUGCUAUCGCCUAGUUGUGCGCCAUGGAUACACCGAUGAGAUUAUCACGCCAGACCUGGGCGUUUUGGUCCUGGAUCAGAUUCGGAAUUUCUUGAAAUAUCAGGACGACAUGAGCGAAGGGCUCACCGGAGUUAAUUCUGAAAUCAAUACCUUGGAUUGCGCAUCAAACUCACAGGUCGUCUACAUCGUGGGCAAGGAACAGCUCAAGAUCGCUGCGGAGGGAAACUGGUUCCGUCGCGGGAUCCUGUGGUUGUUUGUUCUUAUUAGAGAUUCUAGUCGCUCCAAGGUCCAGGAUUUGAACGUCGCGAUUGAGCGAUUGGUGGAGGUUGGCUUUGUGAAAAUGAUGUGA